UUUUCGCGACAGAGCUGAGCGGUGUUGCUUGAUGGCAGGGGCCCGUGGCCUGGCUUGUGAAGGGAGCCGCUGAGGGGGAGCGGGCAGCAUGAGGCAGAAGAGGAAAGGAGACCUCAGCCAUGCAGAGCUGAUGAUGAUGACAAUUGCUGACAUCAUAAAGCAGUUAAUCGAGGCUCAUGAGCAGGGAAACGAUGUGAAUCUGAACAAGCUGAAAACCAAGACGGCGGCGAAGUAUGGCCUUUCAGCACAGCCACGAUUGGUUGACAUCAUUGCUGCUGUUCCACCACAGUACCGCAAGGUGCUGGUACCAAAGCUGAAGGCCAAGCCUAUAAGGACUGCUAGUGGGAUUGCUGUUGUAGCUGUGAUGUGUAAACCACACAGGUGUCCGCACAUUAAUUUCACAGGCAACAUAUGUGUAUACUGCCCGGGUGGACCUGAUUCUGACUUUGAAUAUUCAACACAGUCUUACACUGGAUAUGAGCCAACAUCCAUGAGGGCGAUUCGAGCCAGAUAUGACCCCUAUCUCCAGACAAGACACAGAGUGGAACAGCUGAAGCAGUUGGGCCACAGCGUGGAUAAAGUGGAGUUUAUUGUGAUGGGUGGCACAUUCAUGGCCCUGCCUGAAGACUACCGUGAUUACUUCAUCAGAAACCUUCAUGAUGCCUUAUCAGGUCACACUUCCAAUAACGUUGCAGAGGCCGUCAGGUAUUCAGAACGAAGCCUGACAAAAUGUAUUGGGAUAACAAUAGAGACCAGGCCAGAUUACUGCCUGAAGCGGCACUUAAGUGACAUGUUAUCCUACGGCUGCACACGGCUGGAGAUUGGAGUGCAGAGCGUGUACGAGGAUGUGGCCAGGGACACCAACAGAGGUCACACCGUGAAGGCCGUGUGUGAGUCUUUUCACUUAGCCAAGGAUGCCGGGUUCAAAGUGGUGGCGCAUAUGAUGCCUGAUCUACCAAACAUGGGGCUUGAAAGGGACAUGGACCAGUUUGUUGAAUUUUUUGAGAAUCCUGCUUUUCGUCCAGACGGCAUGAAGCUCUACCCGACACUAGUGAUCCGUGGCACUGGUCUGUACGAGCUCUGGAAGACUGGAAGAUACAAGAGCUACCCCCCCAGCACUCUUGUGGAUCUGGUGGCUAGAAUCCUGGCCCUUGUCCCACCAUGGACACGUGUGUACCGUGUGCAGAGAGAUAUCCCAAUGCCGCUAGUCAGCUCUGGAGUGGAGCAUGGGAACCUGAGAGAGCUUGCCUUGGCCAGAAUGAAAGAUCUUGGGACACAGUGUCGUGAUGUAAGGACAAGAGAAGUCGGAAUUCAAGAAAUUCACCAUAAAGUGAGACCUUAUCAGAUUGAAUUAGUUAGAAGAGAUUACGUAGCUAAUGGUGGAUGGGAGACCUUCCUCUCCUAUGAAGAUCCAGAGCAGGAUAUUCUCGUUGGCCUUCUACGACUGCGGAAGUGUUCGGAGGAGUCAUUCAGACCUGAGCUGAAAGGAGGUGUUUCCAUUGUCCGGGAAUUGCACGUGUAUGGGAGCGUUGUCCCUGUAAGCAGUCGGGAUCCUUCAAAAUUUCAGCACCAGGGAUUUGGUAUGUUACUGAUGGAGGAAGCAGAAAGAAUAGCCAAGGAGGAACAUGGGUCAUGGAAAAUUGCUGUAAUUUCAGGUGUUGGCACAAGGAACUACUACAGGAAGAUUGGCUAUGAGCUGGAAGGGCCUUACAUGGUGAAAAAGCUGGACUGAUGCCCCAGGAGGUCCUCACCCUGACCAGCUGCUGGGAGGAGAGGUGAGGAGACAAGACUCAUCAUGCAGAGGCAGCUCAAGAGGACAGACGUAAGCUAAAAACCAAAGCCUGCCAACUGCAAAGAACUUGCUUAUGCCAGAGCCCCCAGCAGCAAAUGGGACAUCUCCUCUUGGGUGAUCAGUUCUGAGCUCUGCCCAUUGCCCCAGGAGAGGCUGGGGGUGUUCCACUUGUGUCAUUACAUGUGUAAGCCUGCCAUACCUCUGGGAAAGCUCUGAGGCCUUUCAGCAGAGGACUGAACGUAGGUGAACUGAGAGCUCUGAAUGGGGGACACUAUUGAACAGCCUAGUGGAGAAAACAUCUGUUACUUCUGUGAUGCUGUCAGCAGGUUUUUAAUGAUUCAGCACUGAAACCGUGUGGGCUAUUCUGCAACAUGAAUUAAUUCUUUCUCUGUGUGUAUUCAUUUAUGCUGGGCUUGGCUGCUUUCUGUCCAUCCCAAGGGAUGCCAUUUGAUUGUCUUGCAGUAGGGGACUGUGAGGAUCAGAAGCCACUUUGGUGUCUGUAGGAACUGAGAUUAAAACUUAAACUGACUCUCUGUGGUGACACACAGCCAUGGAGUAACUGAGGUUGUAAGGGACCUCCCAUCUCCAGUCCAACCCUAGAGCAGGUCCAGUUAGAUCAGAGUGGCAAUGCUUGAGUAUCUCCAGCGAUGGAGAUACUCAGUGGGUGUGGAUGGAGAGUCCACAGCAUCUAGGUCCCUGUUCCAAUAUUUGACCACCACCCAUAUGUUGAAGAAGUUUUUCCUGAUUGGAAUUUACAGUGUUUCAGCUUAUCUGUUGUCUCUCAGCCUGUUGCUGUGAGCUUCUGGGAAGUCUGAUUCUGGUCUCCAAGCUUCUCCCUGCACAUCAUGUACUCCAAUGCCACAACCAUGCUGGUGGUUUUCACUUCAUUUUGUUAGUCUGUAUUUCCAGCUCCAGAUCCACCCCUUCUCCAGCCCAUAGCCCAUUGAUUUGGGUAUGAGGAUGCCAUGUGGCAUCAGUGUCAGAAGCUUUGGAGAUGUCACAGUGCACAACAUCAUCAUCUCAUCACAGCAGGCAGCAGGGUUGCUCAGCCAUGAUCAGUCCAUGGGGGAUCCCUCCUGGCUGUUCCCAGCUCUCUCCUCCCCUCUCCAUCCCACAACAGGAAAGGGCCUUUGGGAGCAUUUGGCCCCAGCUCUCCCAGCGAAGAGGUGGGGUUCACUGCCCUGUAGCUUCUCAGAUCCUGGUUCUCCUUGAAGAUGGUUGCCUUUUCCAGACAUCAGGAAUGACAGAAUUAAAGCUUAUUUUUGCAGACAGAGUGAGGUGGGUUGUCAGAGUGAGCUGUGACCCUGGAUGAAGAGCUCAGCACUUUGCAUCCCUCUCCCCAGCCCUUUGGUGGGGUGGGGACGUCCAGGACAUGCAGUGUCCUUUGACACUCGUGAUUCAGGCUUUCCCAAAGCAGCGGGCCUGGGGCUGCCUGCUUGAUGUAACAACAACAGAAGCCCUGACCUCAUCCACUUCUUUUAUUGUCUUUCAAUCAAAACCGGCGUAGCGGCUUGCAGAGCAAGUUGACAUUUUGGGUGCUGCUCUAAUAAAUGACUCUGUCAGGAGCCUUCUGGAAACUUCUGCAGUCCGGAGUGCUCAGACACACUCCAGAGGAGGAGCGGCUCAGGGAGGAAAGCUGUCAUGGCAGCGGUGCCACGCAGGGAAUGCGAUUCUGCCACUGUGAUCUGUUGCUGCUCCUGCCCCGCAGCUUGCAGGGUCAGCGGCCAGAGCCGUGCUGACGCACAAGCGGCACACGUAUGGGAAAGGAGAGUCCAAAUACCUGGUAAUAAAUGUGUUAUUAUUGAAGGUGAACACCAGUGUCCUGGUUAAGGGCUGGGGAGUGACAAACCACAGAGCAGUGUGCUGGUACCGAGCUGAGUGUGUUUGAGCCUCCUGCCCUCUGCGGAGGUUUGAUUUAAAGAAGGGAGAUGGAAGCUCAUGCUUCUUGAUUUGUUGAGCUGGUUUUUUUCCAUCCUCCAAGACACUGGUAAAUGGGGCGCGUUAAGCUUCUGACAUGGCACGAAGGGAGGAGAUGGACAGGGACAUGGGGAGAGGAGAUGCAAUUUCUGUGCAGAAUCCUUGAGAUUUUCCACAAAAUUUGUUGUACUGGUGCCACUGACAUAAUUAUGAAUCACUCUGACGCUUCCAGCUCUGACAGCCAGGUUUUUUUCCAGGUACUGGCCAGAAAUGCUUACCAUUUCCGUGCGUCUGAAAGCGUGGCCCUCCGGCAAAUCUGGGAUGGACCGGAUACGUUUGUUUCUUGGUUUUUAAGGCCAAUGCGUUUUGAGUGUGCAAGCAGAUUUAUCAAGAAAUAAAGCAAUUUUUGGGGGUGUUGUA